UCCUCCUCUGCUCCUACUACAAAUACCACCACCGUGACGCCGCCGCCCUGUGCAGUGCGCCCGGGUCGUUGGAGCCAGCAGCGAGGUUGCGCUGCGUAGCAGCUAGCAAGCAGAGAGGUGGGGGACGACGCCUGGCGCCCCGGCCGGAGACGCAAGUCUUCUUUACAGGACGUGCCUGGAUUCUGCUGUUAGCCCUCUGGCCAGUGAUAUCAUCACAAUGGAUGUGUCUGAUGAGAAGUGUGCUCAUCCGUCAGACCUGCCUAGUGCAGUUGAUGUCGGGCAAUCUGACAAUGGCAGCUCUGAACAUUUGGGGUCUGUUGCAGUCAAUGGAGCUAUUGUAAAUGAAGGUCAUUCCAGCAUGGAUUGUUCUGAGCAGACUGAUGAUGAGCAUGGUGGAGAUGAAGACUCUCUUGUUGAUGUUGAAAGCAAUGCUCAUAAACAAGAGAAUCAGGAAAAGAUUCCAAUGGAAGAAACAGCGAUGAGCGAUGGCACCUCGAUCACAUCGAUGGAAGAUGCUCUGGAACCAAACAAUGAUCUCCCUUCAGAGGCUGAAGAUAUGAGCAACAACCACACUCCUGAUCUGUCAAACGGCAAGACUUCCAAUGGAAACAGUAACGUAUUCCAGAGUGCAAAGAGUGUGUUGACUUCAACCAAGAAGGCGAAGAAAACUUCAUCUGCAAAUACACGGAAGCCGCUGCAAUCUACUAAUAGAGGUAAUCAGGAUGAUGGGAAAUCAUCAACUGGAAAGCCCACAGUUCCAUCAGGCCCAGUCUUCCGUUGCACUAAACGCGCCGAGAAGCGCAGAGAAUUCUACAUGAAGCUGGAGGAGAAGCACCAAGCUAUGGAGGAAGAGAAGAUUCAGUUGGAAGCCAGGCUGAAGAAAGAACAAGAAGAGGCUCUGAAGCAGCUGAGGAAGAGCCUGACCUUCAAGGCCAAUCCGAUGCCGAGCUUCUACCACGAGGCGGCGCCGUCCCCGAGGGCCGAGUUCAAGAAGCUGCCGACGACCCGCCCCAAGUCCCCGAAGCUCGGCAGGAGGAAGCAGACGGCCCCCAUGGAGACGUCCAACUCCUCGUCGGAGAGCGAGGGCGCGAGGCCCUGCUGCCGCGCCAGCCGCGACGGCCUCGACAGCAGUUGCAAGUGCAGCGGCGGCAAGGCGCGGGCCACGAACGCCAUGCCGGCGGCCAAGAAGCAGCCGCCGCCGCCGAAGCACCGCGCCCACAAGAUCGCCGGCGAGAGCGCCAUCAACAUCGCCGUGCACUAGCUGCUGCUCCUGCUGCUUCUGCAAGAUGACAAUGGCGUUUCUUCUGAAACUACUUCUUGCUCGUUUCUUCUGGCGGCAUGCAGGACGACGACAAUGGCGUGGGAACUUUUUUUUCUCUCUCUAAGUUAUGGGAGUGUUUGACGGCUUGUGGAUUUGGUGUAGAUAAUAAGUUAUGGUGAUGACGAAGACGAGCAUGGGUGAGUCAUGCUAAUCUUAUUUAAUCUGCUGUGCUGAGGGUGUGAGGGAUGGCCUGUACUUUGCCAAUGUACAGGGUUAUUUGUUUGCUUUUCUUCUUCAGUGAACAUAGAGAGUGAACAUAAAGGAUGCUUGUUCCCCUAUUUCGGACCAUUUUACAUCAGUAGAAGUGAGAAGGAGGCCUUUCCUAAAA